CUCCGACCGUGCCAGCGAAGUGCGCAGCUCUUAACUACACAACUCCAAUCUCGGAAUGCCUACAGACGUUACACAGUUUGUCACAUCCCUUCGGAUCCUCGAUGGAAGCAUUCUGACACCACAAUCUGCGGUGGGUUCACAGCAGGAACGUAUUCGCGUUGGCACAGGACGUUUCUGAAUCGCUCUGGGACUCGAAGUCCUGAACGGAACGUUUCAACAGAGCUCGCACGUUUUUAACGAGAGGGACCCAGGACCAUCAGGAGCAUCAUGGAGGAGGCGGCCUCCCAGCGCCCCCCUCUCAACAAGCCGGCGCGUGGCCUCCAGGAGUGGAGGAGGAGGGUCAAGUCUGAGUACAUGAGGCUGCGCCAGCUCAAGCGCUUCCGCAAGGUGGAAGAGGUCAAGGCUCUGUUCCUGUCCAACCGCUGUAAGAUUGAGACCAAAACCCACCUCCUGAAUGAGGAGUGGUCCAAACGCAGGGUCCAGUCCAUCCCCCUAGCCACGGCCACAGGGUCUCUGCCCAACAAGAAGGUUUGCGUGGUGGAAUUUGGUUUCCCUCCUUUCCAGAACCAGACCGUUGCUAUGCGACCUCUAACAACAGUUGCUGGGAUACCAUUUAUGUACUCCUGGUCUCCUCUGCAGCAAAACUUCAUGGUGGAGGAUGAGACGUUUCUCCAUAACAUCCCGUACAUGGGCGAUGAGGUACUAGAGCAAGAUGAAGCCUUCCUGGAGGAGCUGAUUGAUAACUACGACGGUGUCCAUGGUGACAGAGAGGGAGGCUUUAUCAGUGAUGAGAUCUUUAAGGAGCUGGUGGAGGCUCUGAGCCAAUAUUCCGACAACCGACUCAGGGAGUUACUGGUGACUAGAGAUUUUGUCAGUGACCUCUCUCUCUCUCUCUCUGCGUGUGUGUGUGUGUGUGUGUGUGUGUGUGAGCCAGAGGGAGGCUUUAUCAGUGAUGAGAUCUUUAAGGAGCUGGUGGAGGCUCUGAGCCAAUACUCCGACCACGAGGAGGAUGAGGAGGAGGCAGAGGAGGGAGAGAGGAAGAGCGUAGCGGAGGAGCCCAAAGAGGAACCAGUCGCCAUGCUGAGUAGCAAUAGUGAAAGCCGUGAGGGGUCCAAUAGUCUGAAGAUGCCUCAUGACAAGAUCUUCACUGCAAUUGCGUCCAUGUUCCCCUACAAAGGCACUAUGGAGGAGCUAAAACAGAAGUACAAGGGCCUCUUGGAACCGCCAAGUCCAGUGAAGUUCCCACCGUUGUGCACCCCAAACAUAGACGGUGCGUAUGCCAAGUCCGUCCAGCGGGAGCAGAGCCUGCACUCCUUCCACACUCUCUUCUGUCGACGCUGCUUCAAGUACGACUGCUUCCUCCACCCCUUCCAUGCUUCACCCAAUGUUUACAAGAGGAGGAACAAAGAGAUUCGCAUGGAGACAGAACCAUGUGGGCUGAAUUGCUUCCUUCUGCAGAAAGGGGCAAAAGAGUUUGCUGACCAGAACAUUCAAAAAUCUCAGCGUUCGCGCCGUGGUCGCCGGCAGCCCUGUGCCUCCAGCUCGGGUGGCCCUGCGUCCACUGGCUCUACGGAGGGGAACAAAGAAGGUGACAGCGACCAUGACACCACCAGUUCCUCAGAAGGUAACUCUCGCUGCCAGACCCCCACCAAGCAGAAACAGGAGGAGGAGGAGAGGGGGGAGGAGGAGAAGGCUGAGGCCCAGGGAGAUCAGCAGUGGAGCGGGGCGGAAGAGUCUCUCUUCAGGGUCCUCCAUGGCACCUACUUCAACAACUUCUGCUCCAUCUCCAGACUCAUAGGCACCAAGACCUGCAGACAAGUGUAUGAUUUUGCCAUGAAGGAGAUGCUGAUUCACCGUGUGCCAGUGCAGGAGGGAGGGGCGUCUCCACAGAAGAAAAAGAGGAAGCACAGGUUAUGGGCCAAAAUCCAGCUGAAAAAAGAUAAUUCGUCCAAUCAGGUGUAUAACUACCAGCCAUGUGACCACCCUGAGCACCCAUGUGACAGCUCCUGCCCCUGCGUGAUGACCCAGAACUUCUGCGAGAAAUUCUGCCAGUGUGACCACCAGUGUCAGAACCGCUUCCCAGGCUGCCGCUGUAAAACGCAGUGCAACACUAAGCAGUGCCCGUGCUACCUGGCGGUGCGGGAGUGCGACCCUGACCUCUGCAUGACCUGCGGUGCGGCCGACGAACACUGGGAGAGCAAGCAGGUGUCCUGCAAGAACUGCAGCAUCCAGAGAGGCCUGAAGAAGCAUCUCCUGCUGGCUCCCUCUGAUGUGGCCGGAUGGGGCACCUUCAUCAAAGAGUCCGUUCAGAAGAAUGAGUUUAUCUCUGAGUACUGUGGAGAGAUGAUUUCGCAGGACGAGGCCGACAGACGUGGGAGAAUCUAUGACAAAUACAUGUCCAGCUUCCUCUUCAAUCUGAAUAACGACUUUGUUGUGGACGCCACGCGGAAAGGGAACAAAAUCCGCUUCGCCAAUCACUCUGUCAAUCCCAACUGCUAUGCCAAAGUUGUCAUGGUGAAUGGAGACCACCGCAUUGGGAUUUUUGCCAAGCGAGCCAUCCAGCAAGGGGAGGAGCUUUUCUUCGAUUACAGAUACAGCCAAGCAGAUGCACUGAAGUAUGUGGGAAUCGAGAGGGAGAUCGAUGCUGUCUAAUCAAAGGACACGUCCUCCACACCCUGAACUUUGAUCUCUGACCUUGAAGUUUAAACAUCCACGUUCCUGACCCCACUGCAUUCCGUCACACUGAGUCUGGUCUGUAUGCCAUAGAAGCUCAGCCACUAGCCUUACAACAGAUGGCAGCUCCUCUGCGCAUGUCACAAAACUCUUCCCCCCAGGUCUCUCUGUAACCAAUCAGUGUACUGUGUUUGCUCUCAGCUCCAAAUCUGAUUUGUGUACCUGAAGCUUUCGAAGCUCUAUUUAUCUGACUCACUCACUCACUCGCUCUGCAUCCUAACAGCUGUGCUGCUCUGUAUGUUAGCUUGGUUUGGUCUGAGGAGACCGUGCUAUGCCUUGGUGUCGUGACAGACACACACUAUAGUCUAGUUAGUCCUCCUCUGUAGCUCUCUUCUCUGGUGACCUAGCUAAAGGUGUAGUCUACUCCUCUCAACACACGCUAACCGCUAAUCUCAUCUCUGUGCAAGCUCUCAGACACUGGACAUCCGGUGUGUAAUCUGAUUAGCCCUCAACAAAUGUGUCUCUCAUAGGGCAGCUAGAGGGCCUGUCUGUGCAGGAUUUUGCCAACCCAUAGCUACACAUGGUAGCCUCCGUAGCUUCAGAAAGGGCUCGCUCCUAGCUCAUCCAUAACCUGAGCUUGCAGACGGCAUCAUCUUUUCCUGACUUAAGAUCAGUCUUAGGGAUUUAAAACAGUUCACAUUAGUACAAGUUAUCAGUAUCUGUUAGAAAAGGCCUGAGGAAAAAUAUAAGAGUAAUACGCUGACCUAAUGAAUAUGAACAGCCACUUUGGCUGUUAGGCUGCCCCUCAAUUUUAAAAAAGCUUUUCAUUGCAAAAAGCAGAGGUCUUUUUUUGCUGAAAGUUGAUUUGAAAAAAUAAAAAAAGCCAGAUAUGAUUUUGUUUCAGUGUGUUACCCAUGUUGUUGUUGAGGUGGCCUGGCCCUAAGAGACUCUGAGGUAAUAAAGAAAGAAAUACUGAUGUCAUGUUGUGCCAGAGCAGAUAGAAAACAGUCUGUUCUAGGGAGAUGCAUCCAUGGGGGAGAGAUAGAGUUCAGAAGACAGAUGGCGGGACUAGAGGGAGAAUAAAACUUAAAGGAUUGAAAGACAGAUAGACAGACAGACAGACAGACAAACAGACACAGAAGGCCUAAAAGAGGACUAAGGGAUAGAGAGCGUCUGGAAGGACAGAAAAAAGAUAGCACACAGGCUUGGGAUAGCACCACUUACAGUAGUUCCAAAUCAAGUAGCUACCCUGUUGCUAACGUGUGUUUUGCCCUAGAUUCAGAUCUGCAUUCAUAGCCUAAACGCGAUCUCAGUUUUACCUUCCCCAUGUAACCAAUCUCACAGGAACUCUGUUGCAGUAGAUCAUAGUGAUAACGUUAGCAGGGACUUCUGCUGCUCUCUACUGGAUAGGCAACAGAAAAGCAUCCAGAGACACCUAGGACUGUGGUCAUCCAUCUUAUACGUUCCCCCACCCCCACAGCACAGACUCCAUCUUUCCCUGGUACCAUAUAUGCAUACUUGACUGAGCUUGUCACCCUUGAUUAGCAGAACACACCUGAUGUAGUAAUGAACAGCAUUUUAAUGACAUUGAUUUCAAACAGAUGUGCUUGGACCAGGGAGAGAUGCAGAGAGCAGAAUUGAGAAUCGCUGAUGUAGGGAAACUAGUAUGGCCAUUGAACUGGGUGGUCAGGUGGUUGUUGCAAAUGUAUGUUACAUGACAGGGAAGGCAAUGAAUUCCUCACUUUUGGAAAUCUAAAAAUGUAUUGCACAUAUAAAGCUUGUUUGCAAGCGUUAGUUAUCAUCUCUAAUGACCCCUUUCCUGAGAGAAAUGUUACCAAAUACAACCAGGCCUUAAGUAUUUUUAUGUCCAAUGAAGAAGAUGUUUACAAAAAGAUCAUAUUAAGCUAUUUCUAUGCUACUAUGUGUCAUAUGGUCAUUAUGAAGUGAUCCUGAGGGCUUCAGUUAGACCUUAAAAGAGGCCUUUACUUGGAGCUCUAGGCAUAAUGCUGAUUACAGUACUUUGCUAUGUGUCCAGGAGGUAAGAUGGGAAUGUUACAUUUCAAAUGCUAUUGCUGGAUGCGGUAGCUGUGGCUAGGCUAACUAGCCUCUUGCAGACUGCAGGAGAGUUUAGGGUUGAUGUAUGCAUGUGUGUGCCACCAGGUGUGUGCAUGUGUGUGUACUCACUCGGGUCUCCUGGCCUGAAAGAUAUAUAUUGUCAUUUACAUCCAUCCCCUCAUUCCAAAAGAUGUAUGACGAGCAAUCUGAGACAUGUGUGCGCUCCUGUGCUGAUAUUACAAAUAAAAUGCUAUGGGAUCUCCUCCUGUCAUGUAAAUGUAAGCAGAUACGUGUAUGAAAGAAAUAAACUACAUUUAUACAGUA